AUGAGCGCUGAUGAGAUGUAUCCAUCCUUUAAUCCAGGACCGACAAAACCCGAUGGAAGUAUGAAUUUCGAAUGUCAUUGCGUGGGACAUCUUGUUGCUAGUCCUUGUGGAUACGAAUUUAGAAACGUGAUAAAUAAAGCAAUGACAAGUCUUGUUGGAUACGCGCGUCGAUGUGCUUCUCAAUUUGCCAGUGUCAGCGAGAAGGCCAAAUACGUCCCUAGAAGAUCACUACUUUAUGUGCCGGCGAGCAGUGAGAAAAUGCUUAAUAAAGUACCGUUAAUGAAGUCGGAUUGUGUGGUGCUCGAGCUAGAAGACGGUGUGGCGCUAACUUCGAAAGCGGUCGCUCGCUCUAAUGCUGUGAAAACGCUCAAUCAACUUCAAGCAUGUUAUCGUGCUUUGAGCUCGGAACUAAGUAAAGCCGAAGUUCUUCCAGCAGCUUUUAUGAUUCCCAAAGUCGACACUCCCGAAGAUGUGGCUACGAUUUAUGAUCUUUUUCGGACGACUUUUGGAGCUAAUCGUAUCACAGACUCGCCUACAAGACUUGUGAUAUGGAUAGAGUCAGCGAGAGCCCUAUUGGACAUGCCUAGAAUUGUUUCUUCUGUCAUCAAUCUUCAUCGAAAUUCUGGAUUCUUCAAGUUAGACGCUGUGGUGUUUGGUUCAGAUGAUUUCUGUGCGGACAUUGGGGCAAUCCGAACCGCCGAGGGCCUUGAAAACAUUUACGCUCGUCAAAGAUUCGUCACCGUAUGCAAGGCUUUUCAAUUACAGGCAAUAGAUUCCGUGUACAUCGAUCUCAAAGAUGAAGAAGGUUUACGCGAAUCUUGUUUGCAAGGACAUAGCUGGGGCUUCACUGGGAAACAAGCUAUUCAUCCUUCCCAAGUUCCCAUUAUUCAAGACUCUUAUAAGCCGUCCGCGGAAAGAGUUGAAUGGGCAAAAUCCCUGGCCGAUGCUUUCUCCAUGCAUCAACAAGGGGGAACUGGUGCUUUUUCUUUCCGUGGUCAGAUGAUCGACCGGCCCCUUCUCCUUCAAGCAAUGAAUGUACUCCAAAUGCAAGAAAGGAUCAUGGGCGGUGGAUUG